GUCAUCAUGGCGGACCCGGGGGUGCAAGCGAGCCUCCACAAGAACCUCAAGACGACGCUUCCGAGGAUCGACAACUACAUCAACUCCACCAGAUUUUCGAGCGUCAACCUCAAGGGCCGACUGUACGCCGACACCCGCCCUGUCUCCCUGAGUCACUGGGCGGUUCCAGGCGGCGAGGGGGCGUGGCAGAGCUGGACCUUUGAGGAGGUGAUGCAACAGACCUUCCUCCCAACCAGCGUCGGCGAGUCAUUCGGCCCGACAUGGACCACCCACUGGUUCAAAGUGGAGUACGAGAUCCCCGAGGAGUGGGUGGGAUGCGAAGUGAGGUUCCGAUGGGCCACGGGAAGCGAGGCGACGGUGUGGUCCAGCGACGGGAAGCUUAUGCAGGGCCUCUCGACGGGCACGGGUCAUCAAAUGCGCCCCGACUACGUCAUCACCAGGAGCUACGAAGGGGCCGCCGGGAAGCAAGUCUUUUACGUCGAAAUGGCCGCCAACAGACUCUUCGGGGCCGGAGAUGGCGACGAUCUGACUCCUCCCAAUCCAAACAAGUACUAUACCCUCACCCGGGCCGAGAUUUCAAAGUUUGACACCCAGGUAUACAAGUUGACCCGUGACCUGGAAGUGUUGCACCAGCUGGCGGACGUGUUGCAGAAUGAUCCGCGUGGGUACCAGGCCCUCUACACGGCCAACCAGAUGGUAAACUCCAUUAUUGCCAAGGAUGAAAGCGGUGCCAGCCAGCUCGCCGACCUCCACUUCGCCAAGGGAAACGGUGCCAGAGCCCACACUCUCUCGGCCGUCGGGAACUGCCACAUCGACUCCGCCUGGCUCUGGCCCUACUCGGAGACCAAGAGGAAGGUCGGCAGGAGCUAUGCGUCGCAGGUCAGGCUGAUGGAGGACUACCCGGAGUUGGUCUUCGUGGCGUCGCAGGCACAGCAAUGGGCGUGGUGCAAGCAGUAUUAUCCGGAGCUGUUUGAGCGCGUGAAACUGCAGGUGCAAGCAGGCAAGUUCCUCCCCGUGGGCGGCACGUGGGUGGAGAUGGACGGCAACAUCCCAAGCGGAGAGUCCUUCGUCAGGCAGUUCCUCCACGGACAGCGGUUCUAUCAGCAAGAACUCGGGGUGACCUGUAAAGAGUUCUGGCUGCCGGACACCUUCGGGUAUUCGGCUCAGAUUCCGGCACUGAUGAGGCACAUGGAUCUGUCCCGCUUCCUAACUCAGAAAUUGAGCUGGAGUAUGGUCAACAAAUUUCCUCACCACAACUUCACGUGGGAAGGGAUAGAUGGCAGCACCGUCCUCGCUCACUUCCCGCCGGGCGACUCCUACAACAUGAACACCACCGUAGAGGAAGCAGUGAGGACCGUGAAGAACCUGGAGGACAAAGGGCGAGUAAGCACCUCGGCCUUCCUCUUCGGGUAUGGCGACGGAGGAGGCGGCCCCACGCAGGACAUGCUGGAGAGGGCCAGGAGGCUCAAGGAUGCUGACGGAUGCCCGAAGAUGAACAUCGUAACUCCUGACGUAUUAUUUUCCACCCUGGAGAGCGAACAGCACAACAUGUGUCGUUGGGUUGGGGAACUGUACCUUGAGCUUCACAACGGUACAUAUACUAGCCAGGCGGACAUGAAGAGGCUGUGUAGGAGCGCUGAGUUCCACCUCCGCGACGCUGAGUUCCUCCUGAGUGCUGCUUCGGCUUCGUUGGGUGUCGCCGCGUCGGCUCUUCUCCAGACUUCCUUGGAGUCCCUGGACAGCGCGUGGAAGAAGGUCCUCCUCAACCAGUUCCACGACGUCCUCCCUGGCUCUGGUAUUGGUAUCAUCUACCCUGAGGCCACGAGGUACUACGAGGAGGCCAUCGCUUCGGCUACGGGGGUGUGGCACGAGUCAGCUGAUGCCCUGUUUGGAAGUGGCGGAGAGCAGACCUGGACCGCCUUCAACACCCUUCAGUGGGCUCGCGAGGAGGUGGUGGAGGCCCAGACACGGAGCGACGGCGAAGGAGAACGUUCAGCGGGUUACGUUCUCGUUCAGGCGCCGCCCUUGGGGUACGCCGUUCUGCAGGAGGUCACCCCGACGAAUCCUGUUAGUCUCACUGAGACAGAUGGCCUUUUCGUGUUGGACAACGGCCUGAUCCGAGCCGAAAUCAACGCAUACGGACAGGUGGUGAGCUUAGUGACAGCUGGAGACUACCGCGACGUGUUCAGGAAGGAAGAUGGUUCCCAGCUGGCGGGCAAUCAGCUGGUUCUCUUUGACGACGAACCGCUCGUCUUCGAUGCUUGGGAUGUGAUGGACUACCACCUGGAGACGCCCGUGGUUCUCAACCAGGAAGGGUCUGGCCGCCCAGUGUCCUCUGUGACGGUCGUGGAGGCGGGUCCUCUGCUGGCUCGUCUUCGGUGGAGCGUCGACAUCAGCGGUGACUCGACCCUCACGCAGGACAUCGAACUCAGAGCCUCGACACCUUACCUCAUCUUCAGCACCGUCGUGGACUGGCAUGAGGAUCGGAAGAUUUUGAAAGUGCUGUUCGACCACAACGUAAUGGCCAGAAGCGCCUCCUUUGACAUCCAGUUCGGCCACCUCGAGCGACCCACCCACAUGAACACCUCAUGGGACUCCGCUCGCUAUGAAGUCUGUGGCCACAAGUGGGCCGACGCAUCCGAACCGAACUGGGGCUUCGCGGUUCUCAACGACAGCAAGUACGGAUGGAUGGCGAGAGGGAACCGCUUGACCCUUUCCCUGCUGAAGGCCCCGAAGUCUCCUGACGGUGCGUGCGACAUGGGGAGUCACGCGUUCAAGUACGCCCUCAUGCCUCAUGUUGGUACAGUGAACGAAGCCGGAGUCGUGAAGAGGGCAUACGAAUUCAACAAUCCCCUACGCCUCCUUGCGCUUCCUUCGGCCACGACCUCGACGCAGCCCACCUGGUCGGCGCUGACCGUGGAGGGCGAGGGCGCUGUCCUGCACGCCCUCAAACCCGCUGAGGAUGGGUCAGGCGAGGUCGUCCUCCGGCUCUUCGAGUGUCACGGAUGCAAGAGUAAGGUGAACCUCCGCACCUCACUACCCAUCACGGACGUCCACAACUGCAACGGGAUGGAGGUCAAGGGAUCGCAGGCAACGUUUUCGAAAGAGGGAGACGAAACCACCAUUUCUCUCUCCCUCUCUCCCUUCUCCAUCGUGGCUUUGAGACUCUCCUUCUAGACUGCGUGAGGGAGAAUUUUAGACUGAGCGAAGGGAGGUGUUUGGGUGUGGUUAGGAUUGGUUCCCGUUUUCUGUGAUGUCUUUGUUGGGUUUCGUUUUCUGUUUCUCGUUAUCUUUAUUUUAUUUAUAUUUAUUUUUUUG